AUGACUCCAACUGGUGCAUUUGGGUUCUAUGCGGCUCUAAAUGUGACUGCAUUUGUUAUGAUUUUCUUGUGGGUGCCGGAGACAAAACAGCGCACGUUGGAGGAAUUGGACUAUAUAUUUGCAGUGCCAACCAAGAAACAUGUCUAUUAUCAGGUCUUCAAAGUCCUCCCAUGGUCGGUUAGACGAUAUAUUUUUCGUCAAAAUACUCAUAUUGAACCAUUAUACAAGCUAGAUCAUGUCACAGGCAAGCCAGAUGACCAAGACAGAAAGAGGUCAAGGCACUCACAAAUUUUGGUAGCAACCAAAUAA